AUUUUGCGAGCUUGCCUAUAAAUUUGGAUACUUGCAACUUUUUAAGAGGCAAAUAGGGAAAAAAAGAUCAAAGUUGAGAUUUGAGAGUUUAGAGAUGGCAGCAAACUCCACCCCAGUUCCUCUCCUUACUCCUUACAAAAUGGGGAGAUUCGAGCUCUCUCAUAGAGCAGUGAUGCCACCAAUGACAAGGAACAGAUCAUACAAUAAUACUCCACAACCACAUGCUAUUGAAUAUUAUGCUCAAAGAGCUAGUGAGGGGGGUUUUCUCAUUUCUGAAUCAGCUAGUGCCUCUGAUAUCUCCAAAAGGUCCCCAAAUAUGCCUGGAAUUUGGACAGAAGAUCAAAAAGAGGCUUGGAAACCUAUUGUUGACUCAGUUCAUGGUAAAGGUUGUAUCUUCUUCUGUCAAAUUUGGCAUCCAGGGCGCCUGUCCGACUCAAACCUCAACAAUUUCAUUUUUGGUUAGGGUUUUGUUGCAGGUAAUAAAUUUUUUAACUUGAAUUUCAUAGUUGAGGGUAUUGAUAUAAUCUCUUUAUAUGGUCUUAAAUAAUCAGCACAUCUUCAGCAAGAAUUGUGGUACCUAAUGUUGUAGCAUGUUAUGUUAUCCACGCUCCAGAUAUCCAAACUUUUUGGUGGCGGGAUAGGGUGGGGAAGUGCUAGCUAGAGUUCUCCCGCAUUGGUUAAGGAUAAGUUGUGUAGUCUUUUUGUAUAAUCUCGAACAAUCUUCACCUCUUCAACUUGUUCUUGUGAUUGUGUAGCACCUGAUGAUAGUGUGUACGCCAAACCGACACCAAGGCAACUAAGCGCUAAUGAAAUCCCUUUCAUUGUCGAUGA